CCUCCACGUGGGCCGCUCUUGGCGUCUGCACGCGGCUUGAGGGCAACGUCUGGCCCUGAGGGGCAGGUGGAGAGGAGUCUGCAGUGGGAAUAUGAUGGAGUGGGUGUUCCUGCAUAAGGCUUGUCCCCUGUAGACUCCCUGGUCAUUCUUUUAGUCGCAGGCUGCCCCAAAGCAGACCAACAGAUACAGAAUUUCCUUCCUGCUUUGUGGGUGUGGGGACAGGUGCUACUGGUCCACAGCUGCUGCUGGAUGGCCGUUUUCCUGGCACGGUGCUGGUGGCUCUGUCUCUGCUUCCUCUUGGCAGAAGCUUAUGCUCAGGCAUGCUGUUUGCUUCUGAGAAGUGGGGCGAGGAGUAUGGACACUCUCUUUGAAAAUGAGGUGUGUCAGUGAUGGAGGAGAUUUGAUGCAUGCCUGUGGCUUUGUGGCCAGAAGCACUCCUGGAUUUGUCAGCAUAGAAGAGAUGAUAACCAGGUAACCAGCCGAGUGGCUUCUUGAGAUGAUAAAUUGGAGGAAGAUCAGGAGGUAGCAACAUCACAACCACUUCUCACCUUAUGCUGCAGUUCCAGCUUGUUGUAGUCCAUCUGGCCCUUGUCAUCACCCUGCUGCAGUGGCAUUCUAGCUUGGUGCUCCUUACAGAGGCAGCUCCAGAGCCUUCUGCUGAUCUGGACGUGGCAACGCAUCCUACUGCCAGUGAGGAGAAGUCAGCCUCCAGCCUGGAAGCCAAAAUGCUCCUUCUUGAUGAGCUGGUGUCUCUGGAGAAUGAGGUGACUGAGACAAAGAAGAAAAGAAGUUUUCCAGGAUUUGGUUCCCCAAUCGACAGAAUUUCUGUGACAUCUGUGGAUGCUAAAGGCAAACAGAGGAAAGUAGUUGAGCUGCCUAAGAGACGCUUUGGAGUUCCUCUUGAUCGGAUUGGAGUGAGUCGUCUUGGCAACACCAAGGGUUCUUCUGUUCUGAAUGAUUGAUGCCAUACAGGAAACAUCACAGCAUUGUGGAAGAUGCAUCAGAGCACAUCUUGUCAUUGACUAAUGAUUCAACACUCAAGGAACUGACCUCCUGCAAAAUCUUCUUUAAAUUGUGUUUUACAAACAUUGCAUUUACAAAUAGUAGCUAAUUCAGUUCAUCAGAUCAGAAUGCUCUCACAGUUGAACACAGUGCCACUGAUAGGAGGAGAAAGGAAAAAAAAAUGCAUGGUUUAAUUGCAUGGCACUUAUCUCUUAAACCUGCAGAAGUCCAUUCUCCUAGCAAGGACUGUUAAAAUUUUUGGAUUUAAAAUAAAACUCUCUGAGAAGCCAACAGCAGUCCAUGAAAUGCAGGCAGUUUGCUUUGCACGUAUCUUUCAAGAGAGUGUUUUUCUAUUAGAUGAAGGGAGGAUUUAACAGUUAUGGGACAAAUCCAUAUUUUAUUUGAACUGCUAUUGGGGAGAAGAAAUUGAUAUCAUUAGAAGUUGAUCUGAAUAAGAAGUAAGGAAAAAAUCUUAGGAUUUGCUCUGAUGUUUUUAACAGUCUUCCUUGUAUCUCUGCACCAAAUUUAGAAAUGUUUUCAUUGUACAGCAUAUCCUGACAUGUGGCGAGACUGUCAGCUUCCUCCUGUAAGCUAACAAAUGCAUUUCAGUCCUCCCUAUGCAUAACAUAGGAUAGCGUCCAAAUAUGAAGUCAUCUACUUCCUAGGCCAUCUGCAUUGUAUGCCUUAUUUUAGUCUCUUGAUGUGUGCAUAGGGCAUAAUCACAUACGCAACUGUAAAAGUUCAAGCAUUUCUUAGCCUGAUAACAUGUAAAUGUGUGCCUGUUCUCUCUAUUUCAAUUCAGAGUAAAACAGGUUAUCUUGAA